GUUCUCGUCCCCCGAACUAGAAGUGCUUCACUCUAAUAUUACACGAAUUAUUAUUCCGUUGAUAGCGUUGUUUUCUUACCGAUUUCCCCGUACACGCAACGACUACGACAAACUACAAUAGCACCGCCAACAGGAUCGUCGUCGUUCGAUUGACGGCGAAUAAGAAAUCAUCGGACGACAUGUAACGCGGUCACGACCGUUUUUCGUUUCGACCAAAACAUCGUACGCGACCACCGAUCGCGGACGCCCCGGGGCCGUACAACGCCGUCCCGUCUGGCCGACGGUUCCAAACGUCUCAGGAAAAAGAUCUGAUGUCUGAAUUAUUGCUUCUGUUCAACUCUGUCGCUAAAUAAUGAAAAUGAGCGACGAAACGCCAGUCAGUUCUCUGGUUCUACCAGUAUUGAUCAGGCCGAUUUUGUCUCAGUUAGAGAAACGCAAUGUUUCUGCAUCUCAAACUUUACGGUCAGCACUGUUUAAAACUGAAAAUACUCAUCCAGGGUUUGCGUAUAAUUUGGUUGCCGGAAUAAUGAAACAAGGUGAUAUUAGUAUUAAUAUGAAUGAGAGUGUAUUGAGACUUCAAGGCACAGUUUCUGACCUAGAAGGUGGUGAAUAUAGAUUAAAUAGAUCUGAAGAUGCAUUUCAAGAAUUAAAUAAAAAGUCUGUGGCCUUAAAACGAAUAUUAAGUCGCAUACCUGAUGAAAUCAAUGAUCGUAAAACCUUUUUGGAAACAAUUAAAGAGAUAGCAAGUGCUAUAAAAAAAUUACUUGAUGCAGUAAACGAAGUAUCUGCAUAUAUUCCAGGGCCUAGCAAUAAACAAGCAUUAGAACAGAGAAAACGUGAGUUUGUUAAGUAUUCCAAACGGUUCAGUAAUACAUUAAAAGAUUACUUCAAGGAAGGACAUGCCAAUGCAGUAUUUAUCAGUGCCUUAUAUUUAAUUCACCAAACAAACCAAAUUAUGAUAACUGUAAAAAGUAAAUGUGAAUAAAAUUUUUCUUUUAUUUCAAUUAAUAAGUAAGCAAUGUAAUACAUUCCACUACCAAUUAUUUAUUACAAUUAAUGUUCUCAUAGGAAAAAAAGAAACAAUGUUAUAUAGUUUUAAAAUAAUGUCGAA